AUGGCAACUGAGAGAUUCAAAAAUGACAAACGACUUCAAGUUUUGGCUUUGUUCGCUUUAUACUAUGUUCUGCUUAACCAGCUACAGUCAGCGAAUGCUGAGAUUCAGCAUGGUGGUACUUGUAAUUCUACUGACUCUGGUAAUGUCUGUAAGCCACCAUUGGUCUGCAAGCUUGAAUUCAAUGUCUGCUUAUGCCCAGUCACACAGUAUUAUGACUCUAGAACUCAAAAGUGUGAGUCAGAGAAUAACCUCAAACGUAAAAAUAUUAAAUGCCGAGGUGAAACUGACUCAGUGAUUUGCAGUUUAUCACAAGAUGACAGCAUCUUAAAUACUUAUGUCUCAGUGAAUUCCAGCAGUCAAGUAAUCCCAUUUUCUCAAGGGCAAGCAGAAAUAAAGCAUCUGUCACCUGGGACAUACUAUGUUGCAACAAUUACUUCAAAAUUUGUUAUUGAGUUUUACAACAAAAUCAUCACCUCAACUGUAGCUGUUUGGACAAAACCAGAUAAACCAGGGAAUAUUAGUUCAGUUCGCAAAACCAAAGUACAGGAAACUUCAUUAGAGUCAUACUGGUAUGAUAUUACGUUUGAAGCCUCAAGAGGAAACGUCAGCUACUACAUCUUUAUGAUUAAGAACACAAAAGAGUAUACAAACAGUUUUGAAACCAAAAAAACAACAAUCAGUAAUGUGCUCCUGAAACCUGGCACGACCUACUUCUUCAGCAUUACAGCUUACAAUGGAAAUAAUACAUCUAGUGAUGUUACAGAAGGUAGUUUCAAAACCAAUGCAGAAA